AUGGAGCAGGUUGACCAGCUUGGCAGCAUGCGAGAUACAGUAGAAGUAUCGCUGGAGCUCGGCGGAUCGGCCGCGAAAAAGAGCGUACUGCUGACCUGUCUCAGCGAAGAUUUUCAUUAUGCAUGGAAUUGCGUCAUGAUCAUAUUGAGAGGCGUCUUCAGUGUCUUCAGUUUCAAGAAGUAAAAGUACAACAGCUUAUAGAUACAUAGUUUAUCCAAGGAGCACAAUUCAAACUGCCGCCCGCCCCUUCUAAUACAGCAAGACAAAGAUUCGGGAACUUGCCAUCGACGUCGAGAUUGCAGAGCACGACGACUUCGGACGACUAAUGCGUG